GUCAGUGACAACGGCCAAGAAUAUGCACAUCCUGGAAGUAGGCGCCGAACAAGAAGACGUGGGACAGCCGCGGAACGCGCCGACGGAGGCUACCUUUCGCACCGUUCCUCGUGAUCACACCACUUUUUUGAUAUGGAGAGUCACGGAAUCUGGUACCGAGAUGUUACAUCGGUCUUAUUACGGAACAUUCUACGACACCGAGGCUUAUCUCGUGUAUUCCUGUUCUCUUCCGGGCCAGCCAGCGGGGCCAGAUGUUAUCCGUCGCGAAAUAAAAGAAAAUGGAAAUGGCGAAUAUGCUGAACGACAUGUGCACGCCUGGGCUAGCGAAAGGAGCAGUUCGCUGGCAGCGCUUACAUUACGUCGUGCGACCCAACUGUUGGCCCAUCUGGGGUCACCGGUUGUACUCUAUCGGGAAAGCGCAACUAAAGAAUCACCAAGAAUGCUGUCUUAUUUUCGUGAUGGGAUCAGAAUUCUCCGCAAUGGUUCCGUGAACGGUGGUCCUCGAUUGUACCGCGUGCGUGGGUAUAGACCUGUGGUAUUGCAACUAGAACCAGUUUCAUGGGCCGAACUAUCAUCUGAUGGGGUGUUCGUGCUGGACACGUCUAACCUAAUCGUUUUGUGGCUCGGCCGAGCAGCUAAUUUAAUCGAGAAAAUUUUCGGGGCUAAGAUAGCUUACCGCAUGGCUCGUGGGCCAGAAAAGGGCAUGAUGAUGCGUCGUAUAGCAAUAGCGCAUGAUGGUUAUGAACAAACAUUGCCAGUGGUGGACCGAGAGCUGUUGAAUAAUCUACUCGAGCUCCGAUCACGUUCCGUACGACCGCCACCACCAAUUACUGAGUCGCCACGACCAGCAAGAUUGUAUAAAGUAACACAACCCCCGAGAGUUUCACCAGUUUCCGUACCGUCACAAAAGUCUGCAGCACGUUUGGAAGAAAUUAAGCGUGCACCUUUAUACAGAGAAGAUUUAAACGAUGACAGUGUCUACGUAGUAGAUGGUGGGUCACGCGGUGUUUGGGCCUGGGUGGGAGCCAAUGCACCUGCAUCUGAGGGUCGCGGUGCACUUGCUGCAGCCCGAGGCCUAGCGCGGGCGAAGAGGCUGUCUGGGUGGGUCGCUACUAUGAUCGCAGGUCGCGAGCCGCUGGAGUUUGCUGCACUGUUCCAUCGCUGGAGCUGGGCGGAUGCACGCCGCGACGUACGCGUUCGAGCGGCGCGGUCUGCUACUACAAAGUUGGACGCUGUCAGUCUCGCUUCCAAUUCAUGGUUAGCGGCUGAAGCGCAGCUGCCCGACGAUGGUUCCGGGUCUCUACGUAUGUGGCGCGUGACGUUGGAGGGCGAACUUCUUGAGGUAGAGCGGCCGCAGCGGGCUGUUUUCUUCGACCAGGACUGCUACAUUGCGCUCUAUACUUACCACGCGCCCACGGGGGAUCAGACCGUACUGUACUAUUGGAUGGGUGGCUCUUCGCCAAAUGAUUUGAGGAAUUUGGGUGCAAAAGAAGCCAGAGAUCUGUACAUAAAGUUAGCGCGUCUUCCUAUUCAGGCCUGGAUCUAUCAAGGCAAGGAGCCAGCGCAUUUUCUGCAAAUCUUCAAAGGCCGAAUGAUUACAUACAUCGGAAGUGCAACCGAUUACGAUCCGAGCGGCCGGCGCUUGGUCCCGCCGGCGCGCGCUCUAGUCCUCGUGUCGGGGCAGUACGCGCGGGAGGCGCGCGGCGUGCAGGCGGGCCGCGGGCCGCCCGCGCGCGCCGGCGCCUGCUACGUGCUGCGGGACGGCGCGCGCGUGUGGGUGUGGUGCGCCGCCAGCGCCACGGGCGACGAGCGCGAGGUCGCCAAGAACAUGGCCGCCGCCGACCACACCCUCGUCAUGCAGGGAAAAGAAAAGGCAGAUUUCUGGGCCGCUUUGGGUGACCGACGACAUUUACUCCAACCGUCUCCACUGAAAGAAGUCGAGCGUCCUUUACCUCCACGCUUGUUCUACGUUUCACUCGGAACGGCAAGUCAAUAUUCCUUCGAAGAGAUCGCGUCAUUCAGCCAAUACGAGCUGGCUCCGGAGAUGGUGGCGCUGCUGGACGCGCACGCCGCCGUGUUCGUGUGGCUCGGCGCGCACUGCGGACCUCGCGCCCGCGACGACGCGCGCUCACUAGCCCUGGCCUACCUCGCACAAGAUCCAGCAGCACGCGACCCCGAGACACCUAUAAUAGUAAUUAGCCAGGGACGUGAACCACCAAAUUUCACAGGAUUCUUUCCCCACUGGAAAAAUUCUAUGUGGAAGGGUCACAAGACGUUCAGUGCAAUUGUGAGUGCUCUGGAAGGAAAGGCGAUCGUUCGCGGCAGUAACAAUUCCCUGAACAGCGGUAACAGCGAGAACUGCUUCGACCAGCACGAGAAAUACCCGCUGUCAGUGCUGCGUGGACCCAAGGAACACAUGCCGCCCGACGUCAACCCACUCACGAAGGAACUAUAUCUAACACACGACGAUUUUGUGUCAACAUUCAACGUGGCUUACAAUGAGUUUCGGUCAUUGCCUUCGUGGAAACAAAAAGAAUUAAAAAAAGCCGUGGGACUAUUUUGAAACAAUAUAUAGCAUUACAUUGUGCGGCUAUACACUUAUUUAAUUGGACACCUGUUUGUAACUGUUAUUUUAUAGUUAAUAAUUUUAUUGUCUCGUUUCUAACUUUAAUUCUAUAUGAUGAGCCUUAUGAGCAAGCUUAAUAAAAGCUAAGCUAUUGCUUAAUAUUUCGAAUGUAUGCUUGAAUGAACUUGGAAAUUAAAUGACAUUUGAUAUUGUUAUUUAUCAUUUAAGAUCUAUUUUGUUUUUAAUGUUGCUGUUGUGUUAUCGUAGUAUUUAUAAUAA